CGCGCUCGGGCAGGCUAGGCGGCGACGGCGACGGCGGCGGCAGCAGGGGCCCGCGGGCGCACUGAGGGCCGGCGCACCGGCAGCAGGUGGGCGCGGUGCGGGCCGGCGGCGGCGGCGGGCCUGGGGCUGCCGGACGGCGCUCGGGCCGGACACGGCCGGCCGUGAGGAGCGCCAUGGACUUCAACAUGAAGAAGCUGGCGUCGGACGCGGGCAUCUUCUUCACCCGGGCCAUGCAGUUCACAGAGGAGAAAUUUGGCCAGGCCGAGAAGACUGAGCUUGAUGCCCACUUUGAGAACCUUCUGGCCCGGGCGGACAGCACCAAGAACUGGACGGAGAAAAUCCUGAGGCAGACAGAGGUGCUGCUGCAACCCAACCCCAGUGCCCGAGUGGAGGAGUUCCUGUAUGAGAAGCUGGACAGGAAGGUGCCCUCGAGGGUCACCAACGGAGAGCUGCUGGCUCAGUACAUGGCGGAGGCGGCCAGUGAGCUGGGGCCCACCACACCCUACGGGAAGACACUGACCAAGGUGGCAGAUGCAGAGAAGCACCUGGGAGCUGCAGAGAGGGAUUUUAUCCACACGGCCUCCAUCAACUUCCUCACGCCCCUGCGCAACUUCCUGGAAGGGGACUGGAAGACGAUUUCGAAGGAGAGGCGGCUCCUCCAAAACCGGCGUCUGGACCUGGAUGCCUGCAAAGCACGGCUGAAGAAGGCCAAGGCCGCAGAAGCCAAAGCCACGACGAUGCCUGACUUUCAGGAGACUAGACCGCGUAAUUACAUUCUCUCGGCCAGCGCCUCCGCGAAUCUGGAUGACACCUCCCGCCCCCCUUCCUGGGCCGAGUGGAAGGAGGACUACCCAGGAGGGUGGAGACGGCCCUGUUUUUUCCUUGUGCCUUUGAACCCCAGUGUGACUCGGGCACGAGGCUGCCUUUCUCUGCCGAAGGACAGAAAGCUCUGGAAUGAUGAGGUGGACAAGGCUGAGCAGGAGCUCCGAGUGGCCCAGACGGAGUUUGACCGGCAGGCAGAAGUGACCCGGCUCCUGCUGGAGGGAAUUAGUAGCACCCACGUAAACCACCUUCGCUGCCUCCAUGAGUUCAUCGAGUCCCAGACCACCUAUUACGCACAGUGCUACCGCCACAUGCUGGACCUGCAGAAACAGCUGGGCAGAUUUCCAGGCACCUUUGUGGGCACCACGGAGCCCGCCUCCCCGCCCCUCAGCAGCACCUCGCCCACCACCGCCGCAGCCACGAUGCCCGUGGGACCCCCCGUGGCCGGCCUGGCCCCGCCGGGGGAGGCCGCUCUGCGCCUGGAGGAGGUGGCCCCCCCCGCCAGCGGAACCCGGAAGGCCCGGGUGCUCUACGACUACGAGGCCGCCGACAGCAGCGAGCUGGCCCUGCUGGCCGAUGAGCUCAUCACCGUCUACAGCCUGCCUGGCAUGGACCCUGACUGGCUCAUUGGCGAAAGAGGCAACAAGAAGGGCAAGGUGCCCGUCACCUACUUGGAACUGCUCAGCUAAGCAGGAGAGGGCGGGUGCAGCCCCGCCACUUCUCUAGUCUGCCGGUGACCUAGCUGCUCAGGGUGGGGAGACUGACCCCAUCCUGUCCUGCCCCCGGUCAUCCAGCUGCGAGGGGCCCCAGAGGCUGAAUGACCCCAGCCCCUGCCCUGCUUCUGACCUGGUUCUGGAGCCCCCACCCCUGCCUGUGUCCCUCAGCGCCCCGGCCCUCCCGGCUCCUGCUAAGGAGGGCGGGCCUGGCUGCAGCAGCUGCCCUCCGCGCGGAGGGCCACGGGAGUCCAUGCAGACGGCCUGGGGAGGCCCUGGGGCACACCCUGGGCAAGAGAGCACCUGCCUUUUAGUUGCCAAAAGCAGCAAAGGGGGAAAGGUAGGCAGGCCUGUGGCCGGCCCGGGGACAGGGUGCUGUCCUCUCUGGAGGAGCUGGAGCGGAGGGGAGCCUGGCAGCAUCUGCCUGGUGCUCCCCUUCCCCUCCCAGCCCUACCGCUCAAGCCAAGUAUGGUGGCUGCAGCCUGCCCCUCUCCACACUCACUUUUUAACUGAUCUUUUUACUCUGCCUGUCUGCUUGCUCUCUAGCCAGUCACGAAUAAUAAACCAUCCUUCGUGUGCA